AUGAAAAGAAAAGUAAUCACUAGAGCGAAAAUAAAAUCUGUUCUUUCAUAUUCAGCUAUAGCUUUAGUAACUUUCUUGUCAAUACAAAUCCUCUUCAAUGAAGACAUGACUUUCAUUCCGAAAUUUUAUUCAAUUUUUACGAAAUCUAAAGUAAAACCAGAAUUUAAUGCACAUAACGAAUAUUUCGAAUAUCUACAGAAACACGUUGCUCGAUCCUUUAACACAUAUUCAUCAAAAUGCAUCAAUUCGGAUGGAAUUAAUAUUGUUAAUUAUGAAUGCAUCGAUAGUUACGGAUUUUCAGCGUCUCUACUAGAAUCUUUAGAAGUUUUAUAUCUUCUUAACCUUAAAGAAGAAUAUAAUCGCGCACAUUUGUUCCUAAAGACCCAAUUUCGAUGUUCCAAACUUGGAUGGGUUAAUCAAAGAGAAUUAUGGACAAGAGGUGUUGGCUCUUUGAUUGGAGCAUACACAUUAACCGGAGAUAAACUUUUCUUAACUCGGGCUGAUGAGUGCAUUGAAGAACUUUCAAAGUUCGAAUCAUCUAAGCAGCCUUUUGUUAAUAUAAAAACAGGCGAAAAAAGACAUAGAAAACUAUCAAAUUACACUUAUUUGAUGGAUUCAUCGGCAGGAAUACCAGAACUCGCUUCAUUGUAUUCGACUACAAAAGAUGAGAAAUAUCUAAGAAUGAUCAAAAGGAAAAUCUCCAGAAUUCCUAACUUAGAACAAGGAAUAUUAAACGAUUACAAUCCAACUACAUCAAAACCCGUUCAAAUAGAUGAUACAAUUACAUAUAAGAACCUUCCAUAUCUUUUCGACAUGGUAAUUUCCAACAUUAUCCUUCCAAUCAGACAAAUCAAGGGCCACUUACCGAAAUUGGAGGAUAUAUACAGAUACAAUGCCGAAGAUAUUAAUAUGGCUCCUCUCCUUGAAAUCGAAGCAUUAUUGAAAGCUAAUAUCUCAAAUUCUCAUAUUUUGGAGAAUUUAACGAUGACUGCAUACGACCCACCAUUUGAAAUACUCACUUAUGGCUCUCCCAAUGAUAUGCGCCCUUAUACAUUCGAAAGUUCCGGUCUGAGACUCAUGCUGAAGAAAGGAAUGAAUCAGAAAAUCAUCGCAGCAAUUCCAGGAAUAAUAAACAAUUGCUGGAACGGAAACGGAGUUUCUUCAGUAGGAAGAACUUCUCACAACGGACCUCAUCUGUUCGAAACUCAGCAUCCUUCAUUCUUCGGAGAGUUUGCACUUGCAGGAACAAUGGCUGCAAUCAAAUCUCCGAAUUUCUCGAAGGCAAUCUUUAACUGGAGAGGCCACAUCCUUAGAUUAUAA